AUUACUCGACAUUAGUCUUUCCAUUUCCGGUUGCCUGUCGUUAAAAACUUUCACAAUAUUUUCAACGUGAUUGACGCGUAAUUUGUUCAAGACUUAUUGUGGGAAGAAAACACAUAAGCUGUUAAUUUCAGAUCAGUUUAAAGGUUUGAAUUAUGCCGAAAAAUAAGGGUAAGGGAGGUAAAAACAGGCGUAGGGGUAAGAAUGAAAACGAAAAGGAAAAACGAGAGUUGGUCUUCAAAGAAGAUGGUCAAGAGUACGCCCAGGUCACCAAAAUGCUUGGAAAUGGAAGGUUGGAAGCAAUGUGCUUUGAUGGACAAAAGAGGCUGUGUCACAUACGAGGAAAAUUGAGGAAAAAGGUAUGGAUUAAUUCUGGAGACAUAAUCCUUCUUGGACUGAGAGAUUACCAGGACACAAAAGCCGAUGUGAUAUUGAAAUAUACACCAGAUGAGGCUCGAAAUCUGAAAACAUAUGGUGAACUGCCAGAAUCAGCGAGAAUUAAUGAGAAUGUGGAGGAGGGAGAUAUGGAUGGCGACAUGAUCACAUUCGAUGAUUAUGAUGGAUCAGACGAUGACAUUGAUGACAUAUGAGUCAUGCAGUGUCUUGUGUUUUUGUAGAGACUUUUCAAUUAAUUCAUGCACAAGUUAAUUAUUGGGUUGACAAAUGGAGUACAAAUCUUUAUACUGCAGACAGCAAUAGGAUUUCAUAAUAUGAUAGCUUAUACGUGAAAAAAACAACCUGAAACGGGAUAAUGCUGUGUGAUUCCAUUCAUGAUAGCAAAUGAUUGAAAAAGAAACGUGUUUUAAAUUCAAGAUUGAAGAUUGGUGUCAUUUAUCACAAUAUACAAGAACAUUCAAACUUUGAAAAAAACGUGCAAGUUGUGCUUGAAAAUGAACAUAGGGAAAGCCUUAUGCAUGUUUUAUUAUUUUUUCUCUAUCUUGGUAACAGUGAAUUUAUUGAUUUUUUUUCUUAUAUGAAUUUAAUAAUUUUCAUCAAUAUUGCACCCUAUUGAUUAUCAUAGUUUUUAUAAAUUUCAUGAAAAUUUCCCAUUUUGAGUAAUUACAAUAAUUACACAGAGUUGAAUUUCAUGUAAAUGCAUCUGUAGCUUCACUUAAUGUUGUAGAUUUUCCAAAUUGUUUUUUCCCUAUAUUUAAAUAAUAAGACUUAUUACAAUAUUUAUAUGAAUUUUCUCAAGAGUGUUACUCUUUAUGCAAUUCUACAAUUAACACAAAUUAAAUUAUCAUGGCUUUUGGGAUUGAGUUCAAUUGUAUCAUGUUAAAUAAAUAUUAGAGGGACUUGUUCACUUUUUUGUGAAUUAAGCACUUAAAUGUAUGCACUUAUAAGAGAAAAAUUCGUUUUUUUCAUUUAACUUUACAGAUCAGUUUUGUUUUAUUAUUUUAAAAGAAAUUAUUUAAAAGAAAACAUUCCAAAGAGUGCUAUUAAUUACCGUUACAGAUAGUUUCUUUAUUUUAAAGGAUAAUGGCUCUAAAAAUGCGUAACUAUUGUAUGUUUCAAAAUCUGUGUUUUUUUUUUUAUUUCUCUUCAUACACAAUUCUUUUAUGCAACCAUCUGUGUCAAAAAUAACAAUUUUCAGUUUUUAAUAAUGUGAACAAGUCCCUUUAAAAGUAGAACAUUAUUUAAUUAUUCGGUUCUAUUCUACUAUUAAAUAUGCAAAUGUAUGGUCUCAAAAGUUAACAAUAAAUUUACAAAUAUUUAAAAGGUAAAUUAUGGUGUUUCUUAUUUGCAAAUAAAACAUGUUUUUUUUGGCAAUUCACACACAAUUUUUUUCUUAUUAAUAAUUAAAAAAUUCAUUAAAAAAUAUUCAAAUAAACCAUUUUCAAAACAUGUUUUUUGUUAUUCUACUCCUUUACUAUUACAUUAAUUGAGCACUAUCUGACACUAGACUGUAAAAGCGGUGACUUUUCCCCGUAAAAAUUUAGCAGCUUUCUGACUGUUAAAGGGACCAUCAACCGCGAUUUACGAAAAAAGAAAAGUUCUAAAAUACCGUAUUUUUUACAAUUAUUAGUUUAUAUUGAUUAAAAUAUCACGACUGGUAUAUUACAUUACAAUGUACUUGAACAAAGUUGUGAAGUUUUCAUAAUUUCAGUAUAUUUGGUGAUAAAUUUUACUGGGUACAGGUACCAGGUAACUACCAGUUAACUAUAAAUAACGCAAGUAGAUCAUCAUCAUCACGUGGUAAACCCAGGAAUGCAAAUUGUGCAUGCGUAGUGAAUUGUAUAUAUAAAAUGAUAAAUCUACUUGCGUUAUCUAUAGUGUGUAUAUCGUUAUGUCACCUAUUUUCGCGAUGUACUUUCGAUUCCACAUCUUAAAAUUUUAUUACCAAAUAUACUGAAAAUAUACCACUCGUGAUAUUUUAAUCAAUAUAUACUAAUAACUGUAAAAAAUACGGUAUUUAAGAACUUUUCUUUUUUAAACAAUCGCGGUCGACGGUCCCUUUAAAGCCAUGGUCAAAUCUUGAUAAGGAGCCAGUAAUCAUUUGUUUCAUACUUCCAAAUAAAGAAGUAGUUAAGAUUAAA